AUGCCGUUGUCACGAGGUAUCCUUAAGUCCACAGUUCUCACGGAAACUCUGGAGCAAAGAAGACAAGUGGUUGAAGAUUGUGCUAAGAUCUACAGGGACUUAGAAGGUAAAGAUGUAGCUUUGAAUGCCGACUAUAUUCGGCGAUAUUUGGAAUAUAUAUUAUCAUGCAAGCAGCCUCUACCAGUGACGCCCUUGGACGCAGCACAGCCUUGGCUGGUAUAUUGGAUUUUAAACUCGCUGAAAACUAUUAUUAGCAAUUGGGCGAAAGAAGGAUAUUUUGAUCGAAUACAGUCUAAAGUGGCAACCUUCUCACCGAUUGGUGGUCCAUAUGCCGGUGGACCUGGACAAUUACCGCAUCUUGCAAGUAAUUAUGCUGCGAUUGCAGUAAUGGCACUAUGUGGCAAUACAAAUAAUAGCUGGGAUAUGAUAAACAGAGAAUACAUAUACCAUUGGCUAGUUUCUUUGAAGACACCGGACGGCGGAUUCAAGACGGUCAAGCAGGUCGGCGAGAUCGACACUCGUGGGGUUUACACGGCUCUUAGUGUGGCUUCAAUGCUAAAUAUAAUGACUGAAGAAUUAACAGAGGGCUGUGUUGACUUUUUACUUCGCUGUCAAUCCUACGAAGGUGGCUUUGGCGGCGCUCCAUAUGGAGAUGAAGCUCAUGGGGGAUAUACCUACUGCGCUGUUGGUAGUUUGGCCAUCCUAGGUGCAUUGGAUAGGGUUAACAUACCCAAGUUAAUGGACUGGUGCAGUGCUCGCCAAACAAACGAAGAAAAGGGAUUAUCUGGCAGAACAAACAAACUUGUUGAUGGAUGUUACUCUUUCUGGAUCGGUAGUGUCGCUGCGAUCCUAGAGGCUUACGGAUUUGGACAAUGCAUUGACAAAUCGGGCCUACAAGAGUAUAUUCUGAAGUGCUGUCAGCCUGAUGACCGACCAGGGCUAAGAGACAAGCCAGGAAAGCCUCCUGAUUUCUAUCAUACCAACUAUGUCGCUCUAGGUUUGGCAGCAGCUCAGUAUAACUUCAACCGCGACCAUCGUACUAACGACAUCACAUGCACACCAAUAGGUGAAACAAUGGUUCAGCCAAUACAUCCAAUAUAUGGACUGCCAAUUGACGAUGUGAAGCGAUUUAAAGAACACUGGACAAACACCUAA